AUGACAUUAAAAACGAUUUACAUUGCAAGACAUGGUUAUAGAUCGAAUUGGCUGCCUACACCACCAGCACACCCGGCACCACCUACCGGUGUAAAUAGCGAUGUUCCUUUAGCUUCACAUGGUGUAGACCAAGCUAAAGAACUCGCGCACUAUUUGAUAUCUAUUGAUAACCAACCGCAAAUGAUAUUUUCUUCUCCGUUAUACCGUUGCUUACAGACCAGUGAACCAGCUGCAGAUCUUUUAGAACUUCUGAUUUAUAUCGAUAGAGGUUUGAGUGAAUGGUACAAGCCAGAUAGAGAUGUGAUUCCAGAGCCAGCUACUUUUGAUAUCUUGAAUAACUUCUUUGCAGGUAAGUUGAAAAGUGACUGGCCAAAUAGCGUUAUUCCUAGCCUUAAAGGUGAGACUGAAGAAGAUAUCUUCAAGAGAUGCAGUAAAUUUUGGCCCAUAUUCGUUAAAGAAUUGGAAAAACAGUUCCCUGAAGUUGAAACUAUUCUGUUAGUAACUCAUGCAGCCACUAAGAUCGCAUUGGGUAUGACGCUGUUGAAGUUCCAUAAUGUCAGAGAGUCUCUAGAUGAAGAUGGUACUGUGAUAAGAGCUGGCAGCUGUUCUUUGGACAAAUACGAACUUUUAGACGAUGACGUAGAUGAAGAUGAAAACGGCGAUGAGUCUGUAUUACCCUUCGAACAAAGACAAUGGAAAUUAACAAUGAACGGUAACACGGAGUUUUUAAGCGCAGGAGAAGAAAUGCACUGGGAUUUCAAAUCUGGAUUCGAAGCCGGGUCUGACGAAGAUAUCAAAGCUAGGCGAAAGAAACAAUUGGAGGAACGCGGGACUACAGCUAACAGUGAAAAGGUAACUGAUACAAAUUCAAGUGAAGAAUAUGAACACGUCUACGUUAGCCUUGAUGUUGAUAAUCGUAAUUAUCGUGAACGGAAUACGGUACAAAAUCAAGCUACAUUACAGCACUCCGGUUUAGAGACUGAUAAACCUUUGAUAAAAAUUGGUGAUAACGUUUACGAGGGUACUUGGAAGAAAUCUCUUGGUACCGAGUUAGCAUUUGCUAAAGAGUUAGGCAAUGUUGGGUCCAAAGAGAGUGAGCAAGACGCAGGUAACCCUGAGCGCGUUUACAGAGUCACAGAUAGUAUAGAUCUUAACCCAAUUCAACCUAUGUAA